UUAAUUUGGGCCACGAUAUGGAUUUUCGCCUAUAUCGCCGUACUGCAAUAUCACCACCUGAAUCAUUACCUUUAGCUUCUUUUGGACUCCGCAAUACCGCUGUAGUACUGGCCAGGGCCGGCGUGCGCACAGCGUCAGGCCGCUGAGCUGACGCUGUGUGUGACGUCAGUGAGCUCCCGCCAGUGCUGGAAGAAGACGCCACACCGCGGACUCCAUUAACCAGCCGCUGCCGAGCCGUGCGCGCACCCUGGCCUGCAGGAAAGGUGCCCUAUAUGUCAUCAAGAUCAACUUCAUGGAGGAGCUUACAGCAUGUGGGGAGGAGGAGCCGGAGGUGCUCAUAAAGAAGACCGGUGCAACAUCUGUCAUAUGGACCUGGUUUGGGUUUAAGGAGUCGGAUGUGGAGCAGAAAAAUAUAAUCUGCAAAAUAUGCCGGGCGACAAUAAUUACGAAGAGAGGGAAUACAACCAAUUUGUUUCAUCACCUCAAAAUGAAGCACGUUUUGGAAUACCAAGAUAGCCAAAAACUGCGCCCUCCUCCACAAACGGCCAGUCAGUCUAUUGGAAAGAAAAAAGGUGGCCCUGCAGGGCCUGCCCACCAGCAGACCGAUAUUGUGAAAGCAUUUUCUAAAGGCACUCCGUAUGACAAAAAAAAUCGGCGGUGGAUUGAUAUUACAAAUGCCAUUACCCUGUACCUGUGUAAGGACAUAGUGCCGUUUCUUACAGUGGAGAAAAGCGGCUUUCAGAACAUGAUUAAGACACUUGAUCCACGUUACGAGGUACCUAGCCGCAAAUACUUUAGCCAAACUGAAGUGCCCAAACUGUAUGACAAAGUCCGCGAGCAAGUAAAGAACGAACUCCGGAGCAUAAAAUACUAUGCAACUACUACGGACUUGUGGUCAAGUCGCACAAUGGAGCCUUACAUUAGUCUCACAAUCCACUUCAUCAAUGACGAGUGGAAGUUGUGCAGCAGAUGCCUACAGACAUCUUAUUUUCCCGAGGAUCAUACAGGUGAACUGAUAUCUCAGGGAUUGAAGGAAGCGCUCGAGUCAUGGGGACUUAAAGAAGAGUUACAAGUCUGCAUAACCACCGACAAUGGCGCAAAUAUUGUGAAAGCAGUGGAAAUUAACGGCUGGACAAGACUGCAGUGCUUUGGUCACAGGCUCCACCUCGCCAUAGAGAGAAGUGUGAGAGACGCCCGUGUUGAACAUGCCAUUGGCAAAUGUAAGAAAAUAGUGAGUGCCUUUUCUUACGCUUGGAAAAGGAAGAGAGAAAUGGCUAAUGCCCAGGCUGAGCUAAACCUGCCUCCUCACCGCCUCAUCACUGAAACACCAACAAGAUGGGGGUCUCGACAACAGAUGAUUCAGCGGCUGCUCGAACAAGAGAAGGCCAUAUCACAGGUCCUGAAAGCAGACCGGAAAACCAGGCACCUGGUACCAACUUGGCAGGACAUUGAUGUGUUGGAAUCUAUGAACAAGACCCUCAGUCCCCUGUUGGAGUUUACAGAUGCUCUGUCUGGAGAAGAGUAUGUGAGUGUGUCGACUGUCAAACCUGUGCUUCACCUUCUAAACAACACAGUUCUUCCUCUAGCUGAUGAUGACAUUGACACAGAACUGACGAAGGACAUGAAGACAGCCAUCCUCAAGUAUUUAAAUGAGAAGUACUCGGACGUUGCAACUGAUGACCUCCUGGAUAUGGCCUCCUUGGUCGACCCACGCUUCAGAUCAUCAUAUAUAGCAGAUGACCGAAGAGAGUUCAUCUUUACAAAGGCAGCAGCAGAAAUUCAGGCACUGCUAGAGAAUCAAGCUGUGUCUGCCACAGAGUCACCACCAUCACACACAAGCACAGGAGCUGAUGGAGAAGCCCAGAAAGAACCCAAGAGGAGUAAACGAAGUCUGGGCAGCUUUUUAAAAAAUGCAUCUGCUCAGCCUGGCCCAGCCGCCCUCACCGACAGAGAAGCGAUUAAAAUUGAGCUUAAGAGUUACCUGCAGGCACUGGAUGUAGAAGGAGAAGCUGACCCACUGGAGUGGUGGAGGUUGCACCAGGCUAAUUUUCCCAGGGUGGCAAGCCUAGCCAAGAAAUAUCUUUGCAUUCCUGCCACAAGUGCCCCUUCAGAAAGGGCAUUCAGCACCAGUGGCAAUAUAGUAACAUGCCACCGAUCUGCACUGAAGCCCGAGACUGUGGACAAACUUGUGUUCCUGGCGAAAAACCUUGGCUGAAGUGCAUUUUACUGCAUUAUGUAAUUGACAGGACCCCUCAGGAGGCGUGCAACGCUAUACUCCUUCAUUUAUUAUCUCCUUGAUGACUCCAGAGGACCUGAGCGUUACGCACCCGAGGCCACUGAAUAGUUUUAUUGAGAGAUUCUACUUUAUUGAUAUAUCCUUUAAAAUCACUAGUGUUAGACAAGGAAGUGGAACUCAAAAAUGUGAUAAAAAAAUUACUCAGGGAGUUUAGUUUAUAGGGAAGGGACGUGGCCUCCCUCAGUAAUUUUAAUCACAUUUUUUAGUUCCUUGUCUAACACGAAGUGAUUUUAAAAGGAUAUCAAUAAAGUAGAAUUUUAAUAAAACUAUUCAGUGAGUGUGCGAAGGUAACGCUCGCUCAGGUCCUCUGGACCAAUAAGGAGAUAUUAAAUGUAACGGCACGCAAGGCUGAUGUUCAGUCGCACUCGCACUACAUUUUGAUUUGCAAGUUUGCAAUUUGUUAUAUAUUUAAAGGGAACCUGUACUGUCCUGUCCUGUCAUCACCUUUAUGCUGACCUCACUGACACAGCGCAGCAUAAAAUAAUGACAAAAAUGCUGAUUUCAGCAGUGUGUCACUCAUCAGCUAAAAGUAAGUGGUUGCUGAGAACCAGCGUCAUAAACAUUGCAGCUCAGGCCUCGAAAAUAGUCAAAUCUACCUGAGAAGAGUCCUGGGACGGUUAUUCAUAUUCUCCUUCUCCUGCUCUCCACCAUCAGCUGAUGAUUGGCAGUUCUCUCCUAGAAAGAAAGGGAGCUAGGCAGAAGCCUGUCAUUCAUCAGCAGGGGGGCAGGGAGAGCAGGAAUUCAUGAAUAACCAGGACUCUUCUCAGGUGGCCGGGACUCUCUUCCAGGCCCAGUCUGUAAUGAGUGUGAUGUUGGUUCUCGGGCAACCACUUACUUUUAAACUACACAGACUGAUGAAAUCAACUCACCUGUCCUUACUUUAUGCUGCCCAGACUAACAGCAGCACAAAGUUGAUGACACUUGUCAAGUUCCCUUUAACUGUUUACCGUAAAGAAACCUGUUGAACUUGAAGGCUUUUUCGUUCAAAUAUGUGCAGCUUUUUAUUUUUGUGCAAUAUAAGUAAGGGCUCGUUCGUUCACACAUCACUGUUUCUCCUUUCCGU